CGGGCUGUUCGUCUGCGGCCUCAGCCGCCGGCUGGGCAGCGUUGCAUUUAGGCAGCAGAAAUGGAAAAGUUCUGUCUCCCCUCAAGCAAAAAUGCCUCCUUGUGAUUUUGUACCUGAACAAUACAAAUCCUAUCCAUACGAGCAUAUGCAGAAGAUUCGUGAACAAAAUGUUUCUCCUUCACUGCGACUGUAUUACAAGAAGCCGUUGUUGCUGCACCAAGGAUAUAAGCAGUGGUUGUUUGAUUAUGAAGGAAAAAGAUACCUUGAUCUCUUUGCUGGAAUUGCCACUGUCUCUGUUGGUCACUGUCACCCGAAGGUAACUAUGGCUACCCAGAAACAGCUUACUCGCCUGUGGCAUACCACCAAUAUCUACAUGCACCCGUCUAUCCACGAGUAUGCUGAAAAGCUAACUUCUCUUCUUCCAGAUCCACUUAAGGUGGUUUAUCUAACCAACAGUGGGUCAGAAGCCAAUGAUUUGGCUAUUCUCAUGGCAAGGCUACAUACUCGUAACUUCGACAUCAUCUGUUUAAGAGGAGCAUACCACGGAGGCAGCGCUUGCACCCUGGGACUGACAUCUAUUGGUCUUUAUAAGCAUGGUGUUGCCAAUGGCUUUGGCUGUUUAACAACGAUGUUACCGGAUGUUUUUCGUGGCCCAUGGGGAGGCAGCCAUUGUAGAGAUUCUCCAGUGCAAACUGUUCGAAAAUGCAGCUGUUCAGCAGGUGUAUGUCAGGCAAACAGCCAGUACAUUGAGCAGUUCAAAGAUACUCUGAAUACCUCGGUGCCAAAGACAAUUGCCGGAUUUAUCGCUGAACCAAUUCAAGGUGUUAAUGGAGCUGUUCAGUACCCAAGAAGUUUCUUAAAGGAGGCUUAUCAGCUAGUACGGGAAAGAGGGGGCGUUUGUAUUUCAGAUGAAGUACAGACAGGAUUUGGACGGACAGGCAGCCAUUUCUGGGGAUUUCAAACACAUGAUGUAGUCCCUGACAUUGUUACUUUGGCAAAAGGAAUUGGUAAUGGCUUUCCAAUGGGAGCUGUUGUUACAACAAAAGAGAUUGCAAGUGCCUUGGCUCAAAACCUUCAUUUUAAUACAUUUGGAGGAAAUCCUUUGGCCUGUGUAGUUGGAGCUGCAGUUCUUGAUGCUAUUGAAGAAGAUGGUCUACAGAAAAACAGUGAGGAUGUGGGAACAUAUAUGCUACUGGAGUUGGCUAAGCUACGGGAUAAAUUUGAGAUUGUUGGAGAUGUGCGCGGCAAGGGACUUAUGAUUGGAGUAGAAAUGGUGACAGAUAAGGAGAGUCGCCAGCCUCUUCCAGCUGAACAAAUCAAUCAAAUCUGGGAGGACUGUAAAGACAUGGGGGUUCUGAUUGGCCGAGGAGGACUCUACAGUCAGACAUUCAGAAUUAAACCUCCUAUGUGCAUCACUAAAAAGGAUGUUGACUUUGCUGUGGAAGUAUUUCAUGCUGCUUUACAGAGACACGCGAAAAGAACAACUGCAAAACAGACUUGAUUUGUUCCUUGCACGAGAUGCACACAGAACCCCUGACACUUGGCACCCAGACUCUGCGCUAUUGCACACCGAAGGAGAAAAUCAUAGCCUGAAGAUGAAAUACAUGUUCAGUAAUCAUAAGAGCAGCCAGGCAGAUCCAGCGUUUAAUAAAGAAUGUGCUCUAAUCCAUUGUGUGCACAUACAGUUCAGUUCUGCUGCAGUGUCAGGGAUUACCUGCACACCAUUUCAAAAAAAAACCCUGAUGGGAUUAACUGGGUAUCAGAUGAAGAGGCAGACACGCAUUAAUCUUGCAUCUCUGAAAAUCGUUGCAAAACUAGUAAUUUUUAGAAAGAGUAACACCAAAUUUAAAAAGUUGUUUUGGGGGAAGUACAUAGCGUUUGGACUUUGUAGCAGCCACAGCCCCCUGUGGGGUGGUACCAGCGCUGCCCUGGGGUGCCUCCAGCUGCUCUGGCUGGGGUCCUUCCUACCGUGGAGACAACUGUGGGCUUUUAAAUGUGUUUUCACAGAAGCCCCCAGCUGGCCCAGCGCUGGCCCAGGUGCAGAGCUGGCUGGGAUCACCUCUGGAUGGUCACCAGCUGCCAUCCACAGGGGUCACCACUGCCCCUGCCCCCAUCACUGCUACCAAAACCUUGCCUUCUACAUCCAAUACAUAAAAGCAUUUGUAAAACACAUAAACAAUAAGGUUUUUUUUUCUUCUUUAAAUAAAACCAAAUAUUUUAAGUCAAAACUAAUGCUGCAGGGUCAAGUCUGUGAGAUUUCACUUAUAUAAGUGUUGUCAGUCUCUGGCUGAGAACCACCCCGAGCAGAACAUAACUGCAGGUUUCAGACUGAGUUAGAACUGUUUACCCUUACUACAAGAAUACACUGUAAUUAGAGCAUGAAAAAAAAAAUUCUGUUAGCACACACAAGUUGAAAAGUUUCUAAUUACAGUAAUUAUUUUUAUCAUGGGGCUGUAAUCCAGUCAUCGUCGCCGUCUCCAAAAUACAUUUUUCCUUUCCUCCUGCUGCUUUUGGGAUUGCACAGCACACCCAUUAGUCAUUUAGCACAGAUGCAAACUCUGGCUCAUGAAGUAAGAGGCCAUGGUUCUUUCUUACAUAAUCACUUUUUUUAAUGUUGUAGUUAAUUACCUCCUUCAGUUUCCAACCAAAAAAAUGGUGGUGUGUAUGGUCAGCAAGAACUGUACAUUUAUCGUUUUACUUUCAUUCAAAUUUUAACGUUUGAGUAAUUCCUUGACCCAAUAAAGGUACCAUGUUAACUUCUGGGGGAAGGAGAAUAUUCUGCUAUUUUGUCUAACGAGCUGUCAGUGGAACUUGGUUAACAUAAAAUCAGUGAGUUCUUUUGGAAAAA